AUGUCUUCCCUCGUCUCAGAGUUUCUCAUCAACCCCGUCUUGCGUCAGGCUCGUCGAUUUUCCGAAAUCUCGCGAUCUACCUUCACUGGCGAUGGAGGCGACUCGACCGAACACCCUGACGCAGUGAGCGAUUCCGGUCAUCCUGAUAGUCCUGUCUCUGCGCCUGUACCCGUACCAGUACCCGUACCUCCACCUGUACCUCAGCCGGCACCGGUGCCGAUCAUCGAGUCUCCCCUCACCAGACCCCUCAGCGUCUCGACCCAAGAAACAAGAGUUGAAGAACCCGAACCAGUUCUAAUCAUGUCCCAAGAAACUCCUCCCCGCGAUCAUAUCGGGAUUGCUCUGAGCCCGCUCAGCUCUCGUCGGAUUCCGGAAGAUGAUGGUAUGCGCGAGCUGCGAUCCCGGAUCCAUUCGAUCAACGCCCAAGACAUACCCCAAAAUGAUAAAGCGCGGUUAAUCCACGAUAUUCUGUUGGAAGGAUAUAAGUCGUCCAAGACUGUACCGCUUGUGAAGAAGAUCCUCGAGAGUGGUGAAGGCUUGGAUGUACCUCUGUCGCAAUCACCGUCGUCGCCACUAUCGAGGCCGUUGAAGUUCUGGCAGAACCAACCAGAUGAGGAAAUAUUCAUCUUGAGCGAGGAAGACAAGGCACCGACGUAUGUACCUGUGAAGCCGCCAAAACGGCAUGGAAGUGAGACUCCAGUGGAACCUUUGGAGGUAGUACCAGAAACGGAACAACCUCUUGGAUGCCAGCACUACGAACGAAACGUUAAGCUCCAGUGCUUCACAUGUAAGAAAUGGUACACCUGCCGCUUCUGUCACGAUGCAAACGAGGAUCACAACCUCAUCCGUACAGAGACCAGGAACAUGCUCUGCAUGCUUUGUGCAACGCCGCAAAAAGCCUCGGACAUGUGCAUCAACUGCGGCGAGUUGUCAGCAUACUAUUAUUGCGAUAUUUGUCACUUAUGGGAGAACCGUCAAAGUAAACCCAUUUACCACUGUAACGACUGUGGUAUUUGUCGUCGAGGCAUGGGCCUCGGCAGGGACUUUUUUCACUGCAAGACCUGUCGGGCAUGUAUCUCAACCUCGAUCGAAGGCUCUCACAAGUGUAUCGAGAGGUCAACAGAUUGCGACUGUCCCAUCUGUGGCGAGUACCUCUUCACUUCACCACGGCCCGUGGUCUUCAUGGCUUGCGGUCAUAGUAUUCAUAAGAAGUGCUACGAACAGCAUAUGAAAGUAUCAUACAAAUGCCCGAUCUGCAAUAAGAGUCUUACGAACAUGGAGAGUCAGUUCCGAAAUCUGGAUGUCGCCAUCCAGACUCAGCCCAUGCCACCGGAGUUUCGCGACACCACUGCCGUUAUUCUGUGCAACGAUUGUUCCGGAAAGAGUACUGUUCGAUAUCACUGGUUGGGUCUGAAAUGCUCCAUAUGCCGGUCAUAUAAUACGGUAGAACUAAAUAUUGUGGGAGGUGACCGCGCAGGAACUCAGCCGCCUGCUGAAAUGCAACCGAUAGUGGAAACUGGUCGGGAUGCUUCUGGAUCUGUGAGUGGAAACCGGGCACCUAUCACAGUGGGAAACAGGCGCAGACAUUCGUCUCACGGUGUUGAGGCUCAAUACCGCGCUCCAGAUAGAGUUGCACGAUCAGUGUCCCCUGGCAAUAUGGGUUUCGACUCGAUCAUGGCACACCUGCCGCCAGACGAAGAGUCGGAGGACGAUAUCCUUGGAAUUUGGAGAAUCCGAAACCGUGGCAACAAUGCAUCAGAGCAUGACGAAGACUCUGAACUCGAUGAUCUCAGCGACACACUUUCGGACGCUGAAGACGAAGACGACGACGAUGAUGAAGAAGACGAAGACGAAAUUGUUCUUAUUGGACAUCGAUGA